UACCCGACUGGAAAAAUUAGUUUAUUAUAAAAAAAACAAGAAAAAAAAACAAUCAAGCUCUAUUUUGUUUAUUCAUUUUUUUGCAAAUGAGUAUAAAGGACACUUUUGAUUUUUUCCAAAAAAAAACCCAACACAACAAAAAAGACGCCUGGAUCUUUUACUCGUCUCUGAGACAGAAGGAACACUGAAGGACAAAGCGGCGGCGCUCCAGAGGAUCGAGCACAGCAGCAUCCAUCGGCAGACGGAGGAGGUGCCUCCAGCUUCCAGUCCCCGCAGCAGCACCAGCAGCAGAGGAUGGCUGCAGCCAAGACCGAGAUGAUCCUCCCGGCCCUGCAGAUCUCCGAGCCCUUGAGCUUCCCUCACUCCCCCAUGGAUAACUACCCCAAGCUGGAGGAGGUGAUGAUGCUCAGCCCUGCGGGGACACCGUUCCUCGCAGCCUCCGCGCCCGAAGGUGCCGGCUUCGGCUCCGGGGAACCGGGGGAGCAGUACGACCACCUUGCUGGAGAUACGCUCCCCGACAUCCCCUUCAACUGUGACAAGUCGGCGGGAGAUCAGACGUACUCGACCCCGCGGCUGCCCCCCAUCUCCUACACGGGCCGCUUCACCCUGGAGCCCGCCAGCGCCUGCAGCAACAGCCUUUGGGCGGAGCCUAUUUUGAACCUGUUCAGCGGCCUGAUGGGCAACGCCACCUCCCUGAGCACCUCGUCCUCGUCGUCCGCCCCGACGUCCUCCUCGUCCCCCUCAUCCAGCGCCUCCUCGUUGCAGAGCUCCAGCCUGACGUCCUCCGUCCACCACAGCGAGCCCAACCCCAUCUACUCCGCCGCUCCUACCUACUCCAACCCCAACUCCGAUAUCUUCCCAGACCAAGGUCAAGCCUUCUCCGUCCCCAACGCGGGCGCCCUCUACCCUCCCCCUGCCUACCCUAAUGGCAAGACCUGCGGCGCAAGCUUCCCCGUGCCCAUGAUUCCUGACUACCUGUUCCCUCAGCAGCAGGGAGAGAUCAGCCUGGUGCCGCCCGACCAAAAGCCAUUCCAGAGUCAGUCAAGCCAGCCCUCUCUCACCCCUCUGUCCACCAUCAAGGCCUUCGCCACCCAGACGGGCUCCCAAGACCUAAAGAGCGUCUAUCAGUCCCAGCUGAUCAAGCCCAGCCGCAUGCGCAAGUACCCCACCCGGCCGAGCAAGACCCCGCCCCACGAGAGACCCUACGCCUGCCCGGUGGAGACCUGCGACCGCCGCUUCUCCCGCUCCGACGAGCUGACGCGCCACAUCCGCAUCCACACGGGCCAGAAGCCCUUCCAGUGCCGCAUCUGCAUGCGCAACUUCAGCCGCAGCGACCACCUGACCACGCACAUCCGCACUCACACGGGCGAGAAGCCCUUCGCCUGCGAGAUCUGCGGACGCAAGUUCGCUCGCAGCGACGAGAGGAAGAGGCACACGAAGAUCCAUCUUCGGCAGAAGGACAAGAAGGCGGAGAAAGCCGGGGCGCUGCCGGUGCAGGCGCCCGUGUCGGCCGCCUCGCCCGCCUCUAGCUACCCCUCGCCCAUCACCUCAUACCCAUCCCCGGUGUCUUCUUACCCGUCCCCCGUCACCUCCUGCUACUCUUCCCCAGCUCACACUUCCUACCCGUCUCCUUCCAUCGCCACCACCUACCCGUCAGUCUCCAUGUCCAGCACCUUCCAGUCCCAGGUAGCCUCUCCCUACUCCUCUUCAGUCGUCUCCAACAGCUACAGCUCCCCCGUGCCCACACCACUAUCAGACCUGCAGAGCACUCUCUCCCCGAGGACAAUUGAGAUCUGCUAAGUUUCUGACCAUGCGGGUAAUUCGAAGGGGACGGACAUCAGCAUCUACAGACUGUUAUUCCCCCUUCAAAUAGAGAAAAAAAAAAGAAGCACUUUUGUGACUGCUCUCUGCAGUGUUGGGUCAACACUGAGAUCUUAUUCACCAGAGAGAAAAGGACAAGUCUUUUGUUGUCCCUCCUGAAAAACAAAAAGGACUGAGAGUUGACGGUUCUCGCCUAUCAGGUACGCGCGGAAAACAAAAAGAGAGAAAGUGAAGAUUGCAACGCUCGAGCACGUCCUUGUCGGCAUGCAUACAGUACAAGAGACAAUGACUAAUAUACAUAAGCUACCAUGUAUGUAUAUGUUUUGUUCUUAUCAUUCUUCGCUAUCAUUGAUGUGAACCACGAUUUGCAUAUUUGUAUUAUUUGAAGUGAGCGAGGCCAUAUUUGUUUCUUACAUGGUGACGAUGCUGUGGUGCGUUUUGUUGGGGGGGAAAGACAAAAAAAUGGGGAAAAAAAAGCACUUAUUCAAGCAUGAGUAGGCGUGAUGUUAGUUUCUGUUUGUAAAUAUCAUCCACCGGUGCUCUUUUUCUCUCUUUCGUGACAUAUCGCUCAGUUGUGUGGACCAAACAGAGAAAAGAAAACGAAAAGAGCAACCCCCCCACACAAAAAAAUCAAAAAAAAAAAAAAGGACAAUUGCUCCGUUAUUUGGUGCCUUUUUUGGGAAGCCUUGCUGAUGUCGUGGAUCGGCCGCGCGCGCGAGAGAGACGAUGCGCCGCAUCUCGCCUUAAGGACUGAGGGAAUAUUUUUGUUACAGAAUGUACGUCACAAUGAAGGGAGAAAAAGGGAUGAGGGCACUGCUUCAUUUGAUUAGAAUGUAAGCAAAAAAAAUUGAGAAGAAGAAAAACAAGAACAUUUUAAAGUAUAUUUUUUAUAAAAGUGUAAAUAUUCGCAUCUUUAAAGAGCCAGAAUGUUUAAAGUUACCUACUGAGUAGGCAUGGGAUCCUCUUGUAUGUUCUAUACAUGCAGCUCAUUAUUUGGUGGUUAUCUUUAUUUUGUAUUUGUGUUUUUGUUCAAACAAGUGACUGUUCCUGGCUUCUGAACACAAUGAAUGCGCUUAACUGCCAAUGGGAUAUUUGGUGUACACGAUAUCCUCCCAGAAAUGAAAUAUAAAUAAAAAUGUGAAUAUAC